AUGCUAACUACCGGCGCUUCGGCGGGCGCCGCGUGCACAAGGGGUCGCCGCGGGCUACCCUCAUGCGCUACCGCCCCUUUCAAGGGAGGACGCGCGCAGGCGUCUGCUCGACAGAGACAUUUUUAUUCCCGUCGCCUCUCGCAAAGCGAGGCGGGCGCCGCUUCUGAUCCGGGGCCGCAGGCGAGUAGCUGGUUUCCCCACGACGCGACAGUCCAUUCAUCUUCAGAGGCCGAGUCGCACAGACGCUUGCGUUACAAGCGUGGCGCAUUUAAGCGGAUGGAAAAAAUUGCACCAGGCGGCCUUUCUGAGUACGCGUCUGGCCUGCUGAGGGAGAAUGGAGCGUUUUCCUCAGCCUGGUUCCCCACGCGGCUGCCUCAUGCGCCGACGGCGCUUUCGUCUGUGCGCGACACGCCUUCCCGUGGCACGCAGGAGGGUCGGCUUGGGCAUUUUUGGAGUGGCCUGCCGUCCCCUUCGUCCCUCACGGCUCUUCUUCCCGACGUCUUAUCUCAGCACUCCCCCGCUCGCCCUUCACCGCCGCACGGGGCUUCGGCCUCUGCGCGUGUCCCUGUCGGAGGACAGAGCCACAUGGCGCUUCGAGAAGACAGAGGGACGAAGGAGCCAGGCCAACGACUGUGGGGGAGCCAGGCAGCAACUGAGCUGAUCGACGCAGAUAGGGACUACCGUGGCUCGCGCGUGCUGUGGAACUCGAGUCCCUCCUGUCUGCGACACUCUGAACGAAGGCUGGUCGGCGUCUCGGCGGAGGAGUACUUUUCUGUGGUUCAAGAUGUGGCCACGUACCACGAAUUCGUUCCAUGGUGCAAGGAGAGUCGCCUGCUGACGCCUGUCCGCCGGCACCGAGAUGGCCAAGAGAAGUUCGAGGCCGAGCUCGUCGUGGGUUUCGGCAUCGUCUCCGACAGAUACACCUCGAGCGUUUCGACUCUGCGCCCGCGGGGGGUGAACUGCUGGGAAUUCCGCCCUCUUCCUGGGACGACUCGCGCCUGCUCAGUUGACUUCACCAUCGAGUUCGAGUUCAACAACGUUCUCCAUCAGCACCUAGCCGGUGUGUUCUUAACUGACGUCGCGGCAACCAUGGGCCGCUGCUUCGACGCCCGCGUGACGUCUCUCUACGGCCUAUCGCCUCUUCCCGCUUCUUCGAACGAGGCUUUCGCCUUCCGCAGCGCGCCGUCGGCGUCGCUUGCUCGUCUUCUCGAGUCUCCCUCUUCUUCGCCCAACCGGCAUGUGCGGUCGGCGCGGGCCGCGCCUUCGGAGCCGCCGCCUUGUGAGACUCGGGAGCGAUAUGUGUGUAACUCGCGAACGCCCGCGCCGCGGUCUGCCAGAGGCAAGGCAGGAGGAGGGUUUGAGCGCCAGAAGACCGACAGCGAGGCAGCCAGAGAAGAGGGGGCUAGUUGCCUGUCUCUCGCUGAUGUUGAAGAUGGCAGCCGCCGACUGAAUUCCUGCACAGGAGGCCAGGACUCAGUGAAUCCUCCGGACGCGGAAAGGGCGGAACAUAUGUACGUAGCGGAGGGUUGUGAGGCUCGUGAACGGCGGCCGCUCGACAGAAAACUGGACGAUACCCCUGUCGUAGACGACUGUCUCAGCAGCUCGCCGCCACCAGCGAUCUUAGUCCAGAAGGAAAAAUGCCCUGCUACCAACGCUGAUGAGAUUCUUCAGCGGGCUUGCGAUUCGACUUCGGUGAAUGACUCACAAGCGGCAGGCGUCCGCGAGACAUAUUCAUUUUGCCUUUCUGCACAAGCCGCCAACGGUUUUCCGUCGCCGGCGGACAUCGCGUGGCUGCUUCGCCGUCUGAAGCAUCUCCGAGAGGGUCCUCCUUUCCAUGUGUCUUGCCCUCGUCCUGCCGAGACUUCACCUCCUCACCCUCCAAGCCGGCCGCAGGACCGCGCUUCAGAGCGUCGGUGGCUGCUCGCCGCACCCCGGGGGUUUCUGCCCCGUGGGCUGGGUCAGCCCCGUUCGCAGUGGCUGAGGGCGUGCGCAGCGCGGCGGCGACUCAGCCACGCCGCUUGGCUCGCAGAGGCGACAUCGCCUCACCCAGGUCUCCUUUCGGCCGGCGACGCGCGCGCAGUGAGGCAACUGCUCCUGGGGACGAGUGCGCGCGCGGCGUCUGCAGUCAUCGCUGUCUUUCUUGCCUUCGACCGGCAGACGCGCGCGAGGCAGGCCCCUGUAAAGGACUGUGGGCGUUCGUCCGAAGAAGGAAAAGACCCUGUGAGAGGCGGAGGAGGGCGACACGCAGGACGAAGCGACAGACUAGAAGAGCAAGAGGGACAGAGACAAGCCUCAUGCGAAAGGAGGGGCGCGGAGCCGCUGCAUGCGUUACGACAGUCUCUGGGCGCAGAGUGGGAACUCGCAGCGGGCGGGGCGGCAGCAAAUGACGCCACCGAUGCUCGCGACAUUCGAAAUGAUGAGCGCGAGUUAAUCGAGGCUCUGCGUGAUGUGGCGAGCCAGUGGAGAGAACCGAGUGCGGGGGUCGCGGCCUCAUUCUCGAGGCGAAGCUGCAGAAAACCUGUCGAGCCAGCAUGA